AUGUACUCUGAAGAGAACAACUACAUCUUCAGCAUCCUAGGUGUAUUCGCCAAACACGUGCGUGACGUUAUACCAGUCCACUACGCCACAUCACUCGCGGCAUCACCUGCCAUUCUUGCCUAUGCUCGUGUCGCUAUGGGAGAUGCCAUGGCGCUGUUCAUGAACGAAGACAACGGUCGAGAUAGUAAAGGCCACUCAAUAUGCGACGCUCCCUCAUGGCUUCCUCGUGCUUUUGCUCAGAUGUCAUACCAAGAAGUGCCCACUUUACACAUAUCCGAGUACGAUGGCCAGAUCCACAGCGUCCUCGUGUCGACUAUGAUGGCACUCUUAUUAUCGGAACACCAUAUUAUCGCAUCAAUGGUUUGA